CCGAGGAGUUGUCUGCUGCGGAACAUGCCACCAUCGGCGCUAGUGUGGGCUCCAUCGAAAUGGCCAUCAUGCGACCGGCGACCGAGCUUCAGCAGCAGCGAUUUUCUUUGGCACGGGCCAUGAACCCAGCCUACUGCUAUAGAGGAUUGCCUCUAGCGAUCGCGUCAAUUGCUCCCAUCACUUGCAUCCAGUUUGGUGCCAACAGCCUUUUCAGCUCCACCAUGAAGGCAGCCAAAGGAAAAGCUGAGCUGAAUGAAUUUGAGAAGCUUUUGUCGGCCGUCUUGGCUGGUGCCGCUUCUGCCUUGGUGCAAUGUCCGUGCCAGUUGGUUGAAGUGAAUCAGUCAAACCAUGGUUCAUCCAUGCUUGCGACUGCAAGGCGUGUGGUGUCACAGAAUGGCCUCCUUGGUCUUUACCGUGGAUAUACCAUGGGAGCCAUACGUGAAGGUAUUUUCUGCAGCUCGUACAUGGCAAUCAAUCCAAUGGUUAAAGGCUGGAUCCACGAGAGAGAACUGGAACUCUCAGACAACAGCACCACAUUGCUUUCAUCAGUUGUUAGCGGCACCUUGGGUGCAGCUCUGUCACAUCCCGCAGACACUCUGAAGACACGCUUGCAAGCAGGAGCGCUUCCACUGCGCCCUGGAGAACCUGCUGAGGCGAGCCGCAUCUCCGGUCCCAUUGCAGCACUGAAGGACAUCAGUGAGAAGGGCGACCUUUUGAAGAAAUGCUUCGCAGGUUUCUCUCCCCGAUUAUUUCGAUUGAUUUGCUGCACUUAUAUCUACAGUACCUGUACGGAGUCGUUAGAAGCGCUAUGGCAUUCAGCUACAGUGGAUCUGGUGGUGGGUGGCACAAGAGUGCAAGUCACCCAGAGCUACAACACCUAGGCUUCCAACUGCCAUAUUACCUGAAACAUGACCAGGCUUCCAGCUCUGGUAGCAAUACCAAGUCGCUCUGUUGGGCUGAAAAAGCCACCAAAUUUGUUGCCGCGCCAUGUUGAAGUUUGGUGGAAAAGACUUGGAAGUGGUAGCACCGGCAGCAGUGCAAGAAAGGUUCUAGUCCUUGC